AUGUUCUGCAAAGUUUCGCUGAUCACGGUUCUCGCCGCGUUCGUGUCCAGCGCAGUGUCUGAAGAUAUUGAGUUCAAGCUUUUCGCCUAUAGCAAGAAACUCUCAUCGUCUGGCUUGCAAUUAUUCUAUGGCGACGGCCAAGCAUACGUCGGUGGCGCACCUUCAUUUGUGAAGGAGUCGGUGAACAUCUCCUUGGUCAUGACCGAAGGCGAUGACAAGUUCGUGGCUAAGGCGGACACCACAGCAGCCAGUACACUCGACUGGUCCCCUGAGCCCACCAUGUACGUCGACGUUACCGAAGGUAUUGCGAGUCCGAUCGGCUUUACCAAAGACAACGCGACGCUGUCCAGCAACGCCACAACGGUUGGCUUCGGCCUAUACGGAGGGUGGGCCUUCCACAAGCCAGACGAAGCGGAUAUCGAGAUGAAGUUCCUCGCCACACCGACGAACGAAACCGGCAUAUACUUGGUGAAGUGGAAUGCCGCGACCACGACGGCGAGCGAUGACAUUGCGAUAUCGCUGCGGACCCAGGCUCCGGUUGCGCUUGACGACAAGUGA